AUGGCUGGUGGUGACGCUAAGAAGGGUGCCAACCUCUUCAAGACCCGUUGCGCUCAGUGCCACACCGUCGAGGCCGACGGCGGCAACAAGAUCGGCCCUGCUCUGCACGGCCUUUGGGGCCGCAAGACCGGUUCCGUCGAGGGUUACUCCUACACCGACGCCAACAAGAAGAAGGGUAUCGAGUGGAACGACCAGACUCUUUUCGAGUACCUCGAGAACCCCAAGAAGUACAUUCCCGGCACCAAGAUGGCGUUCGGUGGUCUCAAGAAGGAGAAGGACCGCAACGACCUCAUUGCCUACCUCAAGGAUGUCACCAAAUAG